CUCUUCGUCCGACGUCCUUUCCUUAUUUCCCCCUUCCCUCUCCCCACCUUCGCUCAGUCACCGGCACGCCCGUCGUCGAGCAUGGCCUCUUCGGACGUCAUCGUUCUCGCCCUCGGGGUCAUCCUCGCAGCGGUCUAUCUCUUCCGUGACCAGCUCUUCGCCUCCUCAAAGCCCAAGACCGUCCCUACAUCCACCUCCAAGGCCAAUGCCGGUGGAGGCAACCCUCGGGACUUCAUCGCAAAGCUGAAGGAAGGCAAAAAGCGCAUCGUCAUCUUCUACGGCUCACAGACCGGCACGGCGGAAGAGUACGCUAUUCGUAUCGCUAAGGAGGCCAAGCAGAAGUUCGGUCUUGCAUCUCUCGUCUGCGAUCCCGAGGAGUACGACUUCGAGAACCUGGACCAGGUUCCGGAGGACUGCUGCGUCUUCUUCGUCAUGGCCACCUACGGUGAGGGUGAGCCCACCGACAACGCCGUCACUCUCUGCCAGAACCUCUCCGACGACAGCUUCGAGUUCUCCAACGGCGAACACAAGCUCGAGGGUCUCAAGUACGUCGUCUUCGGCCUCGGUAACAAGACCUACGAGCACUACAACCUCAUCGCCCGCAACGUCGAUGCCGACCUCACCAAGAUGGGCGCCAUCCGUAUCGGUGAGCGCGGCGAGGGUGACGACGACAAGAGCAUGGAGGAGGACUAUCUCGAGUGGAAGGACGGCAUGUGGGAAGAGUUCUCGCGCGUCAUGGGUGUCGAGGAAGGUCAGGGCGGUGAUACGCCUGACUUCGCUGUGACGGAGGUCGCAGACCACCCGCCCGAGAAGGUCUACCUCGGUGAACUCUCCGCUCGCGCUCUCACCCGCUCGAAGGGCAUUCAUGACGCUAAGAACCCUUACCCUGCACCUAUUACCGUGGCUCGCGAACUCUUCGCUGAGGGCGCUGAUCGCAAUUGCAUUCAUGUUGAGCUCAACACUGAGAACUCCGGCAUCACCUACCAGCAUGGUGAUCACGUUGGUGUCUGGCCCUCCAACUCCGAGGUUGAGGUGGAUCGUCUACUCUGCGCUCUUGGGCUUCACGACAAGAAGGAUACCGUCAUCCAGAUCGAAUCGCUCGACCCUGCGCUCGCGAAGGUUCCUUUCCCCGUCCCUACAACCUACGUUACCGUCCUCCGUCACUACAUCGACAUCAGCGCCGUCGCCGGUCGUCAGAUCCUCGGUGUAUUGUCCAAGUUUGCCCCUACUCCUGACGCUGAGGCGUUCCUGAAGAACCUCAACAGCAACAAGGAUGAAUACAAUAACAUCGUCACCACCGGCUGUCUCAAACUCGGCGAAAUACUCCAGGUCGCGGCUGGGAACGACAUCAGCGUUGCCCCGACCCCUGAGAACACUUCAUCCUGGAAGAUCCCUUUCGACAUCAUUGUCUCGUCGAUCCCUCGUCUUCAGCCUCGGUACUACUCCAUCUCCUCCAGCCCCAAGCUCUACCCUCAUUCGAUCCACGUCACCUGCGUCGUCCUUCAGUACGAAUCCGUCAAGAACGAGCGCGUUCCGGCUCGCUGGGUAUUCGGUACUGGCUCCAAUUUCCUACUCAACCUCAAGUAUGCGGCGAAUGGCGAGCAAGCACCUUUGGUGGAUACUAAGGAGGAGCCCGCGCGCGUUCUCACCCCGAAGUACGCCAUCGAGGGUCCCCGCGGCGCAUACAAGCAGGAAACCGUCUUCAAGGUCCCCAUCCACGUCCGUCGUUCGACUUUCCGCCUCCCAACGAACCCCAAGAGCCCCGUUAUCAUGAUUGGACCCGGUACUGGUGUCGCUCCGUUCCGCGGCUUCGUCCAGGAGCGUGUCGCAAUGGCGCGGCGCACUAUCGAGAAGAACGGACCCGAAGGCCUGGCAGACUGGGGCAGCAUUCGGCUGUACUUCGGCUCGCGGACGUCGACGCAGGACUUCCUCUACAAGGACGAGUGGCCCGAGUAUGCCAAGGAGCUGCACGGGAAAUUCACGCUCCGGGCCGCGUUCUCGCGCGAGGUGUACAAGCCGGACGGGAGCAAGAUCUACGUGCAGGACCUGCUGUGGGAGGACCGCGAGACGGUCGCGGACGCGAUCCUGAACGGGAAGGGCUACGUGUACAUCUGCGGAGACGCGAGGAGCAUGAGCAAGGCCGUCGAGGAGACCCUGUCCCGGAUCUUGGGCGAGGCGAAGGGUGGGAGCGCGGAGGUGGAGGGCGUAGCGGAGCUGAAGCUGUUGAAGGAGAGGAGCAGGUUCUUGACGGACGUGUGGAGCUGAGCGAUGAGCGGGACGGGCUCCAGGAUUCUGCGUUGUGUCGUACGAUCCCGACAUAUAGAGGGAUUUGGGAUGGGGAUGGAGGACGCGGAUGCGUCGCAUUGCUGCAUACUACGAUGCCUUUACGUAUCGUCGACUCUCGUUUGCUCUGUGGUUUUACCUUUGUUCUACUCUGUUCACUCCAUGAUAUGGCAUCGCAUCUCAACAUCGCUCUAGCUUUGAGCUUGCGCGAAGACUCGGAGGCGUCCGGACUUCCUUGAGGUGAUGAACGGCGAGUGCAUCAUUCAUGGCGACGUGCGGGCCAGUGAUGGGUUAUGUCCUCUCGCUGAAUGGGAUCACAACGUACUAGAAAUCCAGUUAGCGCGAUGUCGAUGUCCUAUCAUGUAUGCUCCUGCCUCUCGCAUUUGGCGCGCGCUCGCGCUCCUAUGGAUGGGGCUCUUCAGUAACACGACGGACCACUUACUCCUUCUACGGAUGGCUCAUCAGGUUUCUGAUCAUGUCACCAAGCUCGCACAUACAGCUUGUCUUUUGUGAUGAGGGCAUCGAAUCUGAGCCAAAUGCAAAGAUGAAAUCCGUCCUGUAUCGCGCAUACGUCCUCUCUGGAAGUGGCGGGUGUAUGCUAUGCCUCAAUAUUUCGACUGCGCAAGUACAUAAGCGUCUGCGUGAGACCAACACCCACACAAGGUUGUUGGACCAGUCACUUCAGGUCCCGGGUCAGCCACUCUGAACCUACAGCGGCGAGGCCUUCGAAAAUUGCAGUGUCUACACAAGACACGACAGAAUCCGUACUGCAGAUCGGUCAGCCACUUGCAAGGCGGCUUACACGCUAGAACGGAGGUCUACAUACUACAAGACGUCAUAGAACUUGUACCUCAAAUCCGUCAACCGCAAAACCUUCACCGUGGUAGGCAGUUGUGAAGUGGCUGCGGAGGCGAACAUCUCCUGUGAGCAGCCUAUAAGGACUGGCAUUUUCCUUAAUCCAUCCUCGUGCGUGGUUUCUCAAUCCUCGACCACAUUUCUAUCCCAGCCUACCGUCGCUUUCUCAAUUUCGUCUUCGCUGUCUUUACCCACAAUGGUCGCCUUCAAGUACUCUGCCGCCCUCGUCACCUUCGGACUCUCGAUCUGCACUGGUGUCGGUGCUCGUAAUAUAUUUGCACCCCGUCGCCCUGAAUGCGGCGUCGACCCCGCGGCCUCGUCGAUCAUCACCGUGACUUCGACAGUGACUUCGACAGUGACCGCAACCCCGCGCACACGCCUCGCCAAGCGUACCACCGACGCCAUCACGACUAUCACCGACACGACUACCACGACUACCACGGCUACCGACACCACCACCACAACCACCACGUCUAUCGAGACGUCAGUCACGUCGUCAUCCUCUGACUCGAACCCCUCGCUCGACGGAGACGGCGAGCUCGACGGGAUCCCUGCCGUCGAGCGUAUCGAGCAGCGCUUCCAGCGAUGCAAGCAGCGCAUCGAGCGCGCUCAGCAGUGCAUCGAGUGUCGCCAGCAGUGCAUCGAGCGUCGCGAGCAGUACAUCAACGGGCGAUCUCAGUACAACUUCACUCCGGAGAACAAACGAGAAUCAUCUCCAGACAACGGGUCGCUCCCGUCUGCAGAACCGUCAUAUAGGGAGGAUGCUACCGCUACCGGUGGAGAACCCAUAGCCAUGCCCCCACCCCCUUCUGGAUCCCCUUCCUCAUCGUCCGAGACAGGAUCAAGCAAGAAUGGGAGUGCAGGCAGCACGGAACAGCCCAAUAGCAUCCAAGACCGUAUGCGGGAGUUGAGUACGGGUGCGCUAAAGGAGAUGCGCGUGCGCGGGGACGAGUUCACCGCGAGGGUGGCGAGGACGUUCUCAAAGCUCGGCGCAGAGCUCAACCGCGUGACAGGCUACGAGGAGAUCGAGCAGCUGAAGCGCAAGGUGGUCGAACAAGAAUCCCGGAUACAUCACGCGCGUGAGGCGGCGCGCGCCGCAAAGGAGGCGUACGACAGCGCCGUCCUCCAGCGGGCCAAGUCGCAACGCGAAGUGAACGAUCUCCUGCAGCGCAAGUCGCACUGGACGGACGAGGACGUGUCGCGCUUCACGACGCUCGUCCGCGAGGACCACGCGCGCGAGCACGACGAGGCGCGCGCCAAGGCCGCCGCAUACGCCGCCGAGGACGCGGUCGAGCGCGAGUUCUCCGCGCUCAUGCGCGUCAUCCUCAACCGCUACCACGAGGAGCAGGCGUGGUCGGACAAGAUCCGGAGCGCGUCGACGUACGGGCAGCUCGCCGCGCUCGCGCUCAACCUCGCCGUGUUCGUGCUCGCGAUCGUGCUCGUCGAGCCGUGGAAGCGCCGCCGGCUCGCGCAGACGUUCGAGCGCAAGGUGGAGGAGAUGGGCGCGCGCACGGAGCAGGCGUUCGAGGACAAGACGUCGGAGCUGAAGGGCAGGAUGGACGAGCAGGCGAGGGUGCUCGCGGCCGUGCUGGAGACCGUGCACCUCGCGAACCAGGUCGACGUCGGCGAGCUCGUUGCGCUGCAGCGUGGAGUCGGGUUGGGGCCAGCAGACGACAACGAGGAGGCACAGCCGGCACUAUCGCACCCGCACGGAGAGCGAAUAUCUGGGGCGCUGCCGAAACCUCGGACAGAUGGGGAGAUGGUACUGGUCAUGACGGCAAGUGCUGCCGCAGCGGGGCUGUUCGGCUGGCUAGCGCGUAGUUGGUUUGGAUGAUGCUGCUACCGGUGUAGAGCGACAUGCGUAAUAGAUCAGGUUCGUAGCAUCCUCUUGGUUUCGUACUGCUCAAAGGUCGCGGCGUUGGUGCGAGCGUUCAAUCCAGCAUACUC